AUGUUGCUUGGACAGCGGUUGCCACUGCGGCACCAGGACCUUCACGGUGUGGCUGAAGAAGCAUUUUCCAGCGCAGCUCAGGGAAAGAUUGCAGAACCACAACUGCAACCACAGCUCCUUCCCGUGAGCCUCUUUGGCCUCAUGCCUUUGGUGUCUCCGAUCUUGGUGAUGGGUCCAAAGAAAAAGUCUGCCGGCAGCGGUGGCAAGAAGAAACCCAGCAAAGCCGAACGGCUGAGGAUGCAGAGAGAGGAGGAGGAGAGGAGACUGUUUGAGGAACAGGAGGCCCGCUUACGGGCCGAGCGAGAGGAAGCCGAAAGGGUCGAAAGGGAACGGAUCGAAAGAGAGAAGACGGAACGCCUGGAGGCCAAAUGGGGUCAUUAUUUGGCCUGCGAUGGGAGUCCAGACCCAACCGUUCCCAGAGAAAUUAACACGUUCAUGAGCCUGUGGCAUGAAGAUAAAAACAACGAUAUUCAGACUGUGAUGAAGAAGGGAAAAAGGGUGCUGGAGUUAAUUCAGAAGUUGCAGUUUUCCAUACUGGAUGCUCCUUAUGAAGAGCUGACUUCGGAUGACGUGGCCCGAUACCAAGAAACCAUUCAAAAACUGCAAGCUCUUCUUCAUGAGAAAUAUGACGCCGCAACAGAACAGUUGCUGAAGCAAGCCAGCAGUUACGCCGAAUCCGAGAGUGGAAACAUGGAGGUGGUCAUCCAAGACGCCAACGUCACCUUGUGCAUUUGGGCGAAUCUCAAGAAGAACCUAAAAUUCAGAAGCCAAAUAUUUCGCGAUGAAGACCGGAACCCGACAAAUGGCUUCGAUCUCCCCAAACCACUGACCAUCUGCGAUAUUGCAGUUCGCAUCUUGCACACCUAUUACGACCACUUAUCCCCCUUGGAGACUUUUCCAAGGGAGCCCCCAAAGCUGGACUUCCUGGCAAAAGGUCCUCCCCUCCCUGGGACCACUGAGGUGAAGGAAGCAGACGGGGAUCACAAGAUGGCCGAAGAGACAGUUAUGGAACUCUAUCAUGGGCAAUCUACUCACUCAGUGAAGACACACACAAGUGCCGUCUCCUUCAAAGAAACGAAACAUGCGGUGGUGGAAGAAAUCCCAAUAGAGGUCUACGAGAAAAAAUCCAUGACCUUGCACUCUAUUUCCAGAGCUCAGUUUUCUGCAUUGAAUUUCCCCGAGAUGGAAGAAGAGUCACUGCCGGAAGACUAUAUUGUGGAUUUGCACCAGUUCAUGCCAGUGGGAGGCGUGUACUAUUUUGAUGCCCUGAAACUUCCACCCCAGGCCAAACAAGUUAAAGGGUGGACCAUGGUGGAGGUGCUGGAUACCGGUUUGGAAACCUAUCCCUACAGCGCGAUGUGCGAAGAAUCGGAAGAUACCUCUCUCUACGCUGUAGGGCUCACCGUCACCCUCCUGGACAGCGUGAUUUUCUUUGAAGAGCCUCUGAUUGGAAGAUGGGACCCCAUAGGCAAAUUCUGGCGCACGGACGCGGUCGGGGACGUGGUCUAUGACAUGAAGGAGAAGGAAGUCUCUUUCAAGAUGAACGGCUUCAGCACCGUCACGCUGCUGCAGGACGCACAUCUCAACAUGCCUUACCAGUCUUGGGAGCUCUGGCCCCACGGUGCCGACCAAGCCAUCCUCACGGUCCUCACCACCUUUGCCGAGGUGCAGAUUCAGGUCAAGAAAAACCAGUGCAUGCUGAUAUCGGUCACCACGAUGGAAGACGCCGACCUCCUUUCCAACUUGAGAGGUAUAUGGAUGCCUCCACUGGCCCUCACCAUCGCUCUGAAGCAAGCCGGCAUGAACAUCUUCCCAGCCGAAUACUCGUCGAAGUACGUCAGCCUGAAUAAGAAAGUAAAACUCAUCUGCUACCAGCAGAUGGCGCUGGUCGCGUCAGGGUUCGCCUUCGGCUGGAGCAAGUGGAACUGGAAUAGUGGAGAAGACCAAAUUGUCUUUAAGGCCUGUGAACACUCGGAGGAGGAAGCCGCCGAGGGGAACUGGGCCCUCUACAUGUUCAACGGGCAGCGGGCUCAGAAGCUCAAGAUCGCCGAGAGCAGCGAGGUGUUCUCCAAGGCCAUCACGGAAGGGUCGGAAUUCCACUCUACGUUCUUCACCCUGCUGAAGGACACCGCCAGCGAAGCCGCACUGGAGAGAGUGAAACAGGCUCACUACCUGUUCGUCGACUGCGUGUGCCAGCUGCUGAUGGCAACCAGGGUACUGACCUACGCGUAA